GUGUGUCCCUCCCCUCUAUGUCUCCCCCCUGUUUUUGUGUGUCCCCCCCUUGUCCCGCCCCCCCGCAGGCAGAGGCCUGGCUGCAGGAGGAGGCGCAGCGUCAGGGCUGGAGCCGCGCUGUCACCCUGCGGGACCGACGGGCACGAGAGGGGCUGGUGGGGCUGCUCCGGGAGGGGACAAACGCCGUCCUGGUGGAGCUCAACUGCGAGACGGAUUUUGUGGCCAAAACGGCGGAAUUCCAGCGGGGGCUGACCCUGUCCCCCCUUUUGCCCCCAGGGAAGCUGGGGGAGAAGCUGGCCCUGCGUCGCGCCGCGUGGCUGCGGGUGCCCCGGGCCUCGGGGUUCAUCGGGGUUUACAGCCACGGGGGGCUAGCGGCCCCCCCCGCCCCGGUAGCCAUGGGCACCUACGGGGCCCUGGUGGCUUGCGAGGUGACGGAACCCCGAGCCCCGGAGGCCACCUUGGAGGAUGUGGGGCGGAAGGUGGCCCAGCACGUGGUGGGGCUGGCCCCCAGGGAAGUGGGGACCCCCCAGGACGAGUUGGGGGGCGAGGAGGAGUCACGGCUACUGGCCCAGGGCUUCCUGCUGGAGCCCGAGCUGAGCGUGGGCCAGUUCCUGCGGCGCCGGGGGGUCCUCAGCGUCACCGACUUCCUGCGCUUCCGCUGCGGAGAGGAGACCCACGGCGAGCCCCACGGUGGCGAGGGGACUCGAGUGGACUCGUAGCCACGGAGGGGGGAACGACAGCCAGCCUGGUGGAGGUGGGGGAGCCCCACAGCAAGUUCUGCCCCACACCUCCAGGUCAGGGUCAGCCCCAGAGCGAGCUCUGCCUCACACCCUGGGAUCCAGAUCAGCCCCACAGCAAACUCAGCCCCACACCUAUGGGUCUGGACCAGCCCCACGGCGAGCUCUGCCCCAUGGCAAGCUCUGCCCCACAGCCUGGGAUCCAGAUCAGCCCCACAGCGAGCUCUGCCCCACACCCUGGGUCCAGAUGGGGCUGGAAGCCCCAGCUUGGGGGGGGAAUUGGGGGGUGUGUAUGUUGUGGGUCAGGGGGUGUUUAUGUGGGGCAUGGGGGGGGCAGUGUGACCCCCCCCCGCAAUGUCUUGUGGGGCUGAGGCAGAAUAAAAACUUGGAGGAACUUUUCUGA